AUGGCUACUAGAGGGGGCGCCAAGUUUGUCAGAUACUUUUUCUAUGCCGGCAACACGAUCAGUUCAAGUCAAAAAAAAACUCUGGUCGCCCUGGCCUAUGCGACAGCUCGAGACCAAAAACUUGCUCCUAAGGCGAUUCUCAUUCGGUUAGUCCUGCUCAGCUUCUUGCAAGUCCUUGAGAGUAUCCGACAUGUCAAAGACCCCAAAGGCUGGCAUGGCACCUUCGCCUUCAAAGCCGACGAUCAGGUGGAGCGGGAAUUCCAUGUGGCAUCGCAUGGGUACACGAAUGACAAAGAGGACUUCGUUCUAAACGAGGCAACACAUACUCCAGAGAAGGAGGACAAAACUCCUCGGGGUGGAAGGGGAUCUGGAAAGGUUGUUUGGCCAGCUGAGGACCUACUUGAAGAAUAUGUGGACAGUCCCAUUGGUUACUCGCACCUACCCGAGCAGAAUUAA